AACAGGAGUGACUCUGGAUUGACCCCGGUGGAGCUGAGAUCAGAACCUCGCCCUGACACUGCUGUAGUCAGUGGUGACUCCAGAUUGACUGGGGGUGGCCUGGCAGCCGGCCACCCCCUCCACACACAUGUGGGUGUCUCAGAGCCGGUCGGGCUGGUUUCUGGCUGGGUGGGGCCACGGCGCCGGAGAGGGUUGGACUCACCUUUGCCAGGUGAGACGCCGGGUUCCCAGGGCUCCAGGGCCCUGCUCAGCCAGACGCUGCGGGCACCGGGUCCAACGGCCCCAGCCUAGCCUGGCACCAUGGGCAGCAUCAAACAGCGAGAUCAGGCCUGGAUCCCCAAACGCUUCAAGAAGAAAACCUGCACAACCUAUAUUGAGGCUCCACGGGACGCAGGCGCCCCCCUUCAGUGCCAGUGCGGGAGCCCCCGGGCCGAGCACGUCUCUGUGGCCGUGGAAGACGCCUUCGGCACAGCCAUCGUCAGCAAAUGGGACUCGGCCCAGCACACCACAGAGGGGCCAACGGACGCCUUUGGGGAGCUGGAGUUCGUGGGGGCUGGUGGCAAACCCAGCAAGUUCAUCCGCCUGUCGGACUCCUCGGACCCUGAGCUCGCCUACAACCUGGUGACCGAACACUGGAAAAUCUCCCCUCCCAACCUGGUGGUGUCGGUCGUCGGGGGUGACGGGGAGGCCCCCGUCCGGGCCUGGCUCCGGGACCUGCUGCGUAAGGGGCUGGUGAAGGCGGCACAAAGCACAGGUGCAUGGAUCAUGACCGGGGGGCUGCAGGCCGGGAUUGGGCGAUACGUCGGGGAGGCCGUCCGGGACCACGCCACGGCCAGCACCAGCCCCUGUGCCCGCGUGGUGGCCAUGGGCAUCGCGCCCUGGGGAAUCGUCGCCAACCGCGAGGCCCUCGUCAACCCCAAGGGCUCAUUCCCUGCCCGCUACGCCCGGGUCCCCGCCGCGGGCACCGCCCGCCCCCUGGACAAUAACCAUUCGCUCUUCUUCCUGGUGGACGACGGCUCCCGGGGGCGCCCGGGGGGCGAAAGCCGCUUCCGCGCCCACCUGGAGAAACACAUCGCCCAGCAGAGGGUGGGCGCUGGCGGUGAGUACCCCGGCCCGGUGGAGGGGAUUCUGGCGCUGCGGGACCUGGUCACUGUCUAUUCAGACGAGGAGGGGCUGGAGGAGUUUGAGACGGUGCUGCUCAAAGCCCUGGUCAGAGGCGGUCACCUGACUGGUGAGGCCACCCAGUACCUGGAUGAGCUGCGUCUGGCUGUGGCCUGGAACCGCGUGGACAUCGCCAGCUCCGAGCUCUUCCGUGGAGACAUCCAGUGGGAGCCCUUCCAGCUGGAGGAGCCCAUGAGGGACGCGCUGCUGGGGGAUCGCCCGGCCCUGGUACGUCUGUUCGUGGAGAACGGGCUGGACCUGGGCGAGUUCCUGACCUGGGGGCGCCUGGCGGAGCUGUACCGGGAGGUCCCCGAGGCCUCGCUGCUGCACCAGCUGCUGGAGCGGCGCCAGGGGGGAGGCGAGCCCCCCCACUACCAGCCUGUGGAGCGCCCCCCUGACUGCCCCCUGACCCAGGUGGCCCGUCUGCUCCGUGAACUGCUGGGCGACGUCUGCGCCCCUUUCUACGCCGGGCUGCGCCCCCUGGACUCCAAGGGGGCUGGGAAGAAGGGUCCCCUGCCGGACGGGGGCUCCCCCUACCAUGGCCAGCGCACCCGAAACCCCUGGGCCGACCUCUUCAUCUGGGCCGUGCUGCUCAACCGGGGCGAGAUGGCCACGUACUGCUGGGAGAUGGCCCCGGACGCGGUGGGGGGGGCGCUGGUGGGGGCGCGGAUCCUGCGGGAACUCUCCCACCAAGAGUCGGACGCGCAGGAGGCGGCGGACAUGAAGGAGCUGGCCAUGAAGUUCGAGACCCUGGCCAUCGGCGUGUUCGGCGAGUGCUACGGGAACUGCGAGUCUCGGGCCUCCCAGCUCCUCGUGCGUCGCUCCCGCCUCUGGGGCGGCGCCACCUGUCUGCAGCUCGCCUGGCUGGCCGAGGCCCGGUGCUUCUUCGCCCACGACGGGGUGCAGGUACGGGAGGGGGCGAUGGAGGAGGAUCUGGAGCAGGAGAAGCCCCACGGCCUGGAGCUGGAGAACCUGGACACUGACGGGAAAUGCCCCAUGGAGGAGAUCCUGACGGGGUCCGUGUCCUCGCUGAGCUCCCCCCCGCGGCCGGGCCGGGCUUGGCUCUGGCGCUGGCGCCGGUUCUGGGGGGCUCCGGCAACGGCCUUCCUGGGCAACGUGGUGAUGUACCUGCUCUUCCUCCUGCUCUUCUCCUACGUGCUGCUGCUGGACUUCGCGCCCCCGCCCGACGGCCCCUGCGCCUCCGAGGUGCUGCUCUACGCCUGGGUCUUCACCCUGCUGUGCGAGGAGCUGCGGCAGGGCUGCUUCACCGGGCGCCGGGCGCUGGCCCAGCGCGUCCGCGCCUACCUGCAGGACCCCUGGAACCAGUUCGACCUGACCGCCCUGGGGCUUUUCCUGCUGGGGGCCGUCUGCCGGAUGUUCCCCAGGACCUACGCGUCGGGGCGCACCGUGCUCUGCCUGGACUUCAUGGUCUUCACCCUGCGUCUCAUCCACAUCUUCGCCGUCAACAAGCAACUGGGCCCCAAGAUGAUCAUCGUGGGCAAGAUGAUGAAGGACGUCUUCCUCUUCCUCUUCUUCCUGGCCGUCUGGCUGGUGGCCUACGGGGUAACAACCGAGGGGCUGCUGCACCCCAGUGACCAGCGCCUGGCCUGGAUCUUCCGCCGCGUCUUCUACCGGCCCUACCUGCAGAUCUUCGGCCAGAUCCCGCUCGACGAGAUCGAUGCGGCGCUGAUCGCGGCGUCGAACUGCACGGACGACCCGGUGGCGAUCCUGAUGGAGGAAGCCAAGCCCUGCACGAACACCUACGCCAACUGGCUGGUGCUGGUUCUCCUCGUCAUCUUCCUCCUCGUCGCCAACAUCCUGCUUCUCAACCUGCUCAUCGCCAUGUUCAGUUACACCUUUGCCAAGGUACAGGGCAACAGCGACACCUACUGGAAGUCGCAGCGUUACAGCCUGAUCCUGGAGUACCACAACCGGCCGGCGCUGGCCCCCCCCUUCAUCAUCAUCAGCCAUGUGCGCCAGCUGCUGCGCUACCGGGCCCGGGGGGGCUCUGCCAAGAGCCGUCACUUCGCUCGGGACCUGCCCCCGGAGCAGGACGCCCGGCUGCUCACCUGGGAGGCCGUGCAGAAGGAGAAUCACCUGGUAGCCCUGGGCCGCCAGAAACGCGACAGCGACACCGAGCGGCUCCGGCGGACGUCUCAGAAGGUUGACCAGGCCUUGAAGCAAUUGGCCGAGGUCCGGGAGCAGGAGCGACGGCUGAAGACCCUGGAGACCCAGAUGGAGAAGUGCACCAGCGCCCUCUGCUGGAUGAUGGACACCCUGGCUCAGAGCGACCUGGGGAAGAACCGCCCCGCCCCCCCCCAGGCUCAAAAAGGACUGACCCCCCCACACCCCAGCGAGCGAGGACGUUGGCUGCGGAGAAUGGACACCCAGCUGCGAACCCAGGCAUCCGGGCACCACAGACUUUCCUGGGGGGCUGGAGUCUAUGACACCCACUGCUGCAAACCCAGGCGUCCGGGCACCAGGAACUCCUCCCCACACCCCGCUGUGAACCCAGGUGUCCAGGCACCACAGACUGUCCGGGGGGGGGCUGGAGUCUACGACAUCCACUGCUGUGAACCCAGGCGUCCGGGCACCAUGGACUGUCCUGGGGGGCUGGAGUUCAGGAGACCCCUACUGUGUACCCAGGUGUCCGGAUGCCACAGACUCUUGGGGGUGGGGGAGAGAAAUCUUAGUUUGCUCUUAGUUAAUUUGUUACAUUAAUUAUUGUUAUUCUAUUAAAUAAAAA